GCGCGUUAUUGUUUACAGUAGGCCUUCUGCCUUAUCUGUCCUCGUUUAAUCGGAACUUGGAUGUGAUCGUGCAUGGUUUGCAAUGCUAACCAGAUGUACUGCAGGACAUUAUGUGUAAUAGGUUGUGUUAUUUGUAUUAUUUCUGCUUCCAAAUCGAGCAGCAAGUGGAACAAUGUCUACUAGACGGACGGAGCGGGACUGAAGGACAAAGUGCUCCUUUCUCUCUUGCCAUGUUCUCCUCAAUCGUCUGGGGAAUUGCGUGUUGCCUUGAUGAGGAAGAAGCAGACCGUCAGACAGAGGAAGCCCGAGGAGACUACGAUGGUCCAGGAAUUUCUAGUUGAAAAAAUAAUUCGUCGCCGAGUCUUCAACGGAAGGGUGGAAUAUUUCCUCAAGUGGAAAGGCUUUACAGAUGCUGACAAUACUUGGGAACCACAGGAUAAUCUGGACUGUCCUGAACUCAUUGAUGAGUUUCUCAGAAACAUGCGCCUUUGUGACAACGAAGAAGAACAACCUCAAGAAUUCAUACUCAAUGAGGAAUUGUCAGAGCAGGAGGCAGAAAUUUGCUCGCAGUACAGGGAGCAGAGUGACGUUGUUCUGGACUUCCAGAAGAGGGAUGUGACAGGGGCUGGCCUGGACCUGGACCCAGACCUGGAGCUGGACCUGAACCGGGAGCCCGAGUGCAUCAUCGGCUCCACAGACCAACACGGAGAACUCAUGUUCCUGGUCAAAUGGAAAACCUCUGUGUCUCUGCUGGCGGCGCGCGAAGCCAGCGCCAGGUGUCCUCAGGCCGUGGUGGACUUCUACCAACGGAGGCUCAACUGGCACUCUGGAGACGAGGACCAGUAAAGUGUGUGUGUGUGUGUGUGUGUGUGUGUGUGUGUGUGUGUGUGUGUGUGUGUGUGUGUGUGUGUGUGUGUGUGUGUGUGUGUGUGUGUGUGUGUGUGUGUGUGUGUGUGUGUGACAAAAAAACCUAGUAGAGGUGGGUAUUAAGUAUCCCAAGGUGCUCAGGAUACUUGCCUGCUCGCACCAAUUUGUUUAUUUGUUUUUUUGGCAACUUGUUUUCCUGACGUGGGUAUUGAAAGCGAAAGAUCGGCAAAGGCACUUGUCACUGCUUCUCCCAAUCAGUGCGGCUCUAAUAGGAAGAUGGAACUCUAACUGCUGUCAUAACCUCUCCUUAAACAACCUCUUGUUGUAGCUAGAGCAGCUGCUUGGAGGAAGGCGUGUUAGAACAUGUGUUUUAGUCAAGGUUAGUGCGUGUGUGUUUUAUUCUUUAUACUUUACUGUCAUUGUAAAUCUCCAAUGGUUGAAGAUUUAUGGGAGAACACGUCCUUAACACCUGUUUUUAUGUUGGUUGGUUUUUGAUUAUACAUUAUUUACCAAACUAUGUUUGCACCUUGAAUAGAUCUUUGAUGGAAACCACCAAUUGUUUUAUUUUUCUAUGGAUUAUUCUGUCCAAUAUUUUCUCCGUAACGUAUGCCAUGUCAUUUACUCUUCAUGUAGGCAUCAUACCAGCCUUAGUUGUUUGUUAUGUAGUCGGAAACAUGAAGAACAACUCACAAUGUACUUAAUUGUGCACCUGAACUGGCUGACUAGAUGCAGCACUUUAGAAGGCCUGACCAUCAGGGAACAUGGUCUUUGAGUGGUUGAACACCACCAUGUUAAAACAGCUGAAAUCCUCCUGCUGGCAGCACCUUACCUUUACCUAGAUCCAUGAAUGAUGGGACAGGACCAUGAACCUUAUGAACACACUACUGAGUUAUUGUAGCCAUCGAUCAAGGUUUGGUGGAGGCCAUGAAUAAAAUACACUUUUAAUGACCCUUUAUUCUUUCUGUUUUCUUCU